ACCUUGAACAAACAUGGACGACGCAAUUUCAUUUUGACAGCAAUGCCAGUGGAAAAACUGUGUAAACAUAAACUAUUCAAAGUUGAGAACGAUGUCAGCUGCUGACAAAAGCGAUAAACAAAAGGUGGAAGGUUUUGUCAAGUCUCUGACAGUGAAAGGAAUUCAGGUUUUGGCUGUAGACUUUGAUCAAACAUUGCUGUCGAUCCACUCGGGAGGGCAAUGGCGAGAUGGCGUGGAAAGUCUUGCACAGCAUGUGAGGCCGUGUAUGCGAGACCUACUGCAACAUGCUAUACAGAGAGGCCUGUUUGUCUGCAUCGUCACAUUUUUCAAGCAAGCCUGGUUGAUACGUGAAUUGCUCCAGCAUGUCUUCCCCAAACGUAUUGCCAGUAAAAUACUAGUCCAAGCGAACACUAUAGAUCUACUACAACGACAAGGUCCAGAUGAAUUUGUUGGGAAGGAAGCUCACCUUAUCAACAUCUUUAAUGAACUUUAUCAGAGGUACCAUGUGGUCGUCAGUUCAAAGGAGGUAAUGCUUUUGGAUGAUGACGAAGAAAAUGUUCGGACAGCCAUUCAGUUCGGACACUACUCCUUUCUCAUCCCGCCUGACUUGAAUUAUGAAAACUUUGAAAGUUUUGCUAAAAUGCUGACUGUCACAUAGACGCUACCAUGUUUUCUGUGGCUUAAAAAUUGUGAUACAUCCGUCUGAAUGAUUACCUCAGUGCUGACGAAGGUAUUAUAGUCUUGCAGUCAACUGGAAAUGGUACAUACACCAUGUGAUACGAGAUUAUACUUGUGUUUGGGACUUAGUCACCCAUUUGUAACAGUCGUCUUAUUUUACUGUACUUAUUUUUUAGAAUAUUUAUUGUUUUAUGUUUGUUGUGAGAGUUGUUGAAAAAUUUAACCCUUACUAUGUUAAGUAUGUAUUCAGGUGUUAGUGAUACCAGUUCCCCAAAUAGUCUUGUGGAAUGAUUGCUUUGGCGUUGUCAUCUAAUGUAAAUGGCAUUAAUUUUUUGUGUUUCCAAAAUCAUGAUCAAUCAUCACAUCAUUUAUCAAUAGAUGUAAACACCGUGCCAAGAUCCCACAGUCAAAGGGUUAACAAACUGUUCAGUUAGCCAGUGUUUGUGUAUGCACGCAGUAAGUGAUCCAGCCAGUUUGAGUCAUUCAUGUCCUGUGUUGCAUUUAUUCAUGUACCGACUUUGAACAAGACUGAACAUACAAGUGAAACAUCAUUGAUGCAAAUGCUACAUCUUCUGUACAAGUGCAAUAUCAUCGAUACAAGUGCAACAUCAUCGAUACAAUUGCAACAUCAUUGAUGCAACAUCAUCGAUACAAGUGCAACAUCACUGAUGCAAAUGCUACAUCUUCUACACAAGUACAAGAUCAUUGCUACAAGUGCAACAUUAUGGAUACAAAUGCAA